AUGAGGACAUUCCCGGAAUACACGACAGCCUCCGCCGUCAACGACGUCGGAGUGAGUACUGGAUGGAAAUCUCCAAUUCCUUACCUCUUUGGAGGAUUGACUUUACUACUUAUUCUUGUAUCCUUUGCUCUCUUGGUUCUAUCUUGUUCAUCUUCCACUUCUCGUUCUGAUGUCGUCGAUCAGAAACCAACCUCGACUCCACAUUUGUUACCGGCACCGGAGAUGGAGCCCAAAAUUGUUGUCAUCAUGCCCGGUCACCGGAAUCCUACUUUUUUGGCCAAACCUGUUUCAUUUUUUAGUUGA